ACCUUUGAUUUAUUUUCGCUGGCCAUGUGUACUAAAUAUAUUGAUUGACAUGGAAAAGAUAAGGGCUAGCAGAUAUAAAUGUCAUCUUAUCUUAUCUUAUUGGUUGUGCUGAUAGUGAAAGGAAUACGUAUUUUCACCAAGAACACGCUUGGCAGUACAGAUCGCAAUAAAUUGCAGUCUGCUGUUUGAAUCAUCGGAAUAUUCCAUUGAGGCACUAUGGAGAGGCAUGCUUAAGUGCCGCAUUUGUUUCUGAGAAAGUGAGCAAUUGUGCAAGAAGGAUGGCCUCCCUCCACCAAAAGCGUCCCAGCAUAAGUAAUUGGUUCUCCUCGCUUCGUCGGCAGCCCAAAAACAAGAAGUGCUCCUCCGAAUUGGGAGGAAGUGAAAAUGGCAAAAAGCAGGCGUUGCAAAGGAGCUGCUUUGACCUAUCCGCGACGCCGGUGGGUUGCGAUAGUGGUUUAAGGGUGGAAUUCUUCACAUCGGAAUCCCCUGAAAGUCGGCGAAGCAACAGCACUUUUUACAUCAACACCGCAAAUGUAUCGUCUGCUAGUUUUAAAGAUAAUCGUAAACUUCUAGUGGAAAGGGGCAGUCGUAGUGAUAGUAGCCCUAGCAGAAUUUGCUUUUGCAAUUUGAUCACGAAAAGCGGGGACAGAAUAGAAACAUAUCCUAUAACCACGCCUAAGUCGGACAUUAAGACCGCGCUGAAACCACCACCCAAGCCCCGUUCCCCUUCCAUUGCUCCCUACACUAGUGUAGCCACAUAUAACAUCACGAAAUUAGCGGCGGAUAGCCCACCUCCCGCUAGCCCCACAUUAAGCACUCAAACCGUAAAUUGCAGCGAUGUUACCUCGAAGGUCACCGAGGUGCAGCACCUGCCCUGCGAUGAACCUAACACGGAACUCAUUAGCAAGCGAACGGAGUACAAGCACACAACCAUCACAACGACAACAAGAACCUUAAUUGUGUCGCGACCCAUCGAACUGCUAUUAAAUGAAAAUGGUGAAAUAAUAGCAAGGCGAUCCCCUGUCGUUAACCCUCCCGAGUUGUUUCUGAAAAAUGAUCCGAAACACAGUUCACCCCUUACACCCGAUACCUGCGAUUUGCGCUUUAUUGACGACAGAUCCAACUUGCAAAGUGAGUCCGAGCGGAACUCUGUUAUAUACGAAACCAGCAAAUAUAAUUCAAAGAAUAAAAACAACAGCCGCAAGCGGGACAGUCUGCAAUCGAAUCUGUGCGACAGUUGCCACAUGCUUCUUGAGCAAAAUUGCAUCAAUACUGAACGGAGUCAGAACAUAGUCAUCCUCAGGCGCCCAUCAAAGCAAAUAAAAGAUGAGUUGUGCGAGGUUGUAUCGGAAAUGGAGGCGCUGGAUGUGCCCGAUGACUGCAAGCAUUCCAAUAAGGAUAAACAGAUGUCCAUUGGCCGUAAAAAGUUUAACAUGGACCCAAAAAAAGGCAUUGAGUAUCUCGUUGAAAACCGGCUGCUACGUCAUGAUCCCCAGGACGUUGCCCACUUUCUCUAUAAGGGAGAGGGACUAAAUAAAACAGCCAUUGGCGAUUACCUCGGCGAAAAAAACGAUUUUAAUGAGGAUGUCCUCAAGGCUUUUGUGGCGCUCCACGAUUUCACCAAUCUCAUUCUCGUACAAGCCCUCAGACAAUUUUUGUGGUCGUUUCGGUUGCCCGGCGAGGCACAAAAGAUCGAUCGCAUGAUGGAGACCUUCGCACAGCGCUACUGUCAACUAAAUCCCGAUAUAUUCACUAACACAGACACUUGCUAUGUGCUCAGCUUCGCAAUUAUAAUGCUAAACACCUCACUACACAAUCCAUCUGUUAAAGACAAACCCACCGUUGAUCAAUUUAUAUCUAUGAAUCGUGGCAUCAACAACGGCGGAGAUUUGCCCCGUGGCCUUCUCGAAUCUCUUUACGAGUCCAUUCGAACGGAGCCAUUUAAAAUACCCCAGGAUGAUGGCAAUGAUUUGAUGCACACCUUCUUCAAUCCCGACAAGGAGGGCUGGCUGUGGAAGCAAGGCGGCAGAUACAAAUCGUGGAAACGACGUUGGUUUAUUUUGAACGACAAUUGCUUAUACUAUUUUGAAUACACAACGGAUAAGGAGCCACGCGGUAUUAUACCACUAGAGAACAUAUCAGUACGCGAGAUUCACGAUCGCAGCAAACCGCACUGCUUUGAACUGUUUGCGACGGGCGGUGCUGAUAUAAUCAAGGCAUGCAAGACUGACUCUGAGGGCAAAGUGGUAGAGGGCAAGCAUACGGUGUAUCGUAUGUCCGCUGCCACGGAGGAAGAUCAACAGGAGUGGAUCAAGCGUUUAACGCAGUCUAUUAGCCAUAAUCCGUUUUAUGACAUUCUGGUACAAAGAAAAAAAAAGGCACUCAGCAAGAGUUAAUAUUAAAAAGAAGCUCUGCGAAGCUUUUGUCUUGGAUCUCAGUGAAACGCUGGUACUCGCGUGCUUUGCUCUCUACCCCUAUUUAAACAACUGCAUAUGCAUAUACCAAUUAUAUACGUUGUGUUGUGAGAGUAUUUCCAUGUUAAACUAAUGCCUGUAAUUGUUUUACCUUCCGCAUUGGUCCAAUCCCAAAUAAUGUCUUUGUAUUUUGUUUGAUUGACUCGAAACAAGCCAUCACACGCCGACGCACUUUGUCUCUAUUGUUGUGAUAUAUUUUAUUAAAGUUUAGAAUAACAAAAAUUAAAAUAAUUAAAAAUUGCAUAAAGUAGAAAUACACAUUUAUUCACAUUUUCUUUAGUGCAAAUUUUAGUUUAGUUAAAUUCAUCAUAGACAUAAUCUUCGAAUAUGGUUUAAAAUUUUAUAACAUAAGUUGUCCCACAACCCUCUAUUAUUAAAAACAUAUCCCAGCCGCCAAACGUUGUAUGUACAUUGUCUAUAUUUUAGUUAUUGUACGCAAAUGAAAAUAGCAUACAAAUGUUGUUUGACAAUUGUUGACAGCUAAAAAAAGUGUUAUUUAGAUCUUAAAGAUAAUGCUUACAGCGAAUAAAUUUUAAAAUGAUUAAAUAAAAAAAAUGUAAAUUAAUAAAUACAACUCUUAAAUGCA